AUGUCCAACAAAUUCAGCUUCAAUCACGGCCGAGUUCGAGAAGAUGGAACUGGAAAUGUCCAAAGAAUCCAGGAGCAUGCUAUUCCGGCCUCCCUUAGAAUCUUUGCAACUCGAAGACGACUCAGCGAUAAUUUCCACAGUGUCCUUUUUGCCACGAUUGAUAGCAUCUUCAGGGGUUACGAUCACAUCGAACGCGAAGCGCAGGACGUCGUGGUGCCACUUGUCUUGCAAGAAGCUGAAAUUCUCCGCGCCAUGUUUGUGGAGGGGGGACAAUCCCAUCCAAGAGUUGGGUCUGCGGAAGGAGUAGUAUAUGACGAUCCCAUGGAUGACGACGACGACGACAACAACGACAGCGACGGACAUCAGACUGAUGACGACGACAUGGAUGGAUACCAGCCAGGCAUAGUGAGCGACUUUUCGAACUCGAUGUAUGAGAUGAACGCAUCCCUGAGCAUUCCACCGUUGUAUCCUGCUCCUGUUGAAUAUGCGGAUCCCCGCCCGUCAAGGACACGAUCCUUUUUUGCCCUGCCUGUUUAUAUGCUGGACAAGGAAGGGAACGUUCUUCCAAUUGAGCAGAGCUCUUGGAUGGUGUUCAGAGUUUGUGAGAGCGGUAGGAUCGAGCUUGAGACUGGGACCUGGACACCUCACUUCAUCCACGAGCGGAGUUACGGGAUUAUCCGACACGACAAGGCCGCUCAGUUCGUCGAUUUUUUUGGUGCUAUCCUCCUAUCCAAGGCCAAAUGGUUUCGUGACGCCCUUCUCAGUACCUCCUCCAGCACCGACCCAGCCCCGAUGUCGGACCAAAAUCUGGCCGUCAGCUAUCUCUACCGAGAGCUCCACCUCGAGAACGCCGACGACUUCGAGCCUUACUUGCAAAAGACCAUCGAGGACCUUGAGAAAAGUGUCUUGACAAACCCCAGAACCGACACGUCUACCGAGGAGCAACACACCACAAGUUCUGCCCUAUUGUCCUACAUGGACCAAAGAGAGUCUAACGCAAUGGAUGUCGACGAUGAUAACGAGUCCGGAGCGUACCUUACUACCGACAAACGUGGUCGCCAACAUCACGUCUGUAAGUACCACCACAUGAGGCUGUAUCCUAGGUACGCCCCAGGUCAUGUCGAGACACAGACCAAUGGUACCGCAUCGUACGAUAUCCUCACUGGCAAGAUUACCGCCGUUCUCACGUCUCAAGACGCGCUGACAGAUCUCCUCAAGAUCGAUCCAGACCAAGUUGGGUUCGUCUCGGAGUCCGUAAUCACGGUGGACUGGGAAGCGUCAAUACAGGACAUCGAUAAACUUCUCGAGUUUGCGGCUCGCUUCGGAAUCAACGCCAUGACCAUCUCUGGAGGAGACAGGCAAGAGGCUCUCGCCACUCCCCAGCAAGUCGAGGCUGAAACGAAUCACGUACGGGAGCUACUCAAAACCACGACCGCCAACUUGACGAGAGUGACUGUCAACUGGGCCUCCAAGUUGGAUGUGUCGGCUCUCCUCAAAGAAAUGUCCGAGACAAGAGAGGAUCUCCUCUACCUCGCGAUCGAUGAUAGCCAGCUGAAAGUUUUGUCAGUGAUCUACAAACGCCACUUGGUCGUCUCUCGUAUCAAGUCUGCUCUCGGAGAUCUGCCCUCGGUGUUCGGAGAACUCUCAGUGCCUGGAGAACCCUUGGCGUCCGGAGCGUCUUUCCUGUCCGGGAAAGCACAGAGUCUCGAGAUUUCGUCUGGUGUCAUCGGCUGGAGCAACAGGCAAACCAGGACCGCAAUAACGGACAAAUUCAAGAGGACGAUCCAAGCAAACCCUGCUCUGACGUCAUUGGCUGUGGAAUGCCCUGUAGGUUUUACGUUCAGAGAGGUAGUCAAAGCUAUCGACGAAAUCGUAAGGCCAUUAAACUCGGGAUCCGCUCCUCGACUCAAGUUCCGCGAUCUCAUCGUCAGGAACAGUUCGGACAACGACGUGGUAGCACUUUACGACCUCUCUCAGUCUUCGCAGGAAGCAUCCGUAACGCCGCUCGCCUUGGAUGUCACGGCAAGAUCCAGCGAGAGCCUAUCUUGGAUCUCAAGGAAUUUGGGCGCUUCCGUCCGUAUUCUUCAUUUGAUCGGGACUACCCCUGGCUGCCUUAACAACCUGAACGAAAUUGUCGAGUCUGAGCGCCACCCAGACCGCCUUGUGAGCCUUACCCUGCUGCUAGACUUCAUACGACCAAACCACAUAGAAUCGUUGGACAAACUCCUGGUGUUCUCCAAGAAGACGUUCAAGCAGCUCGCUCUGAUUGCCCAACCUCCUGACAAGGAAUCUAAGGCGAAGAUUUUGAGCACUCUCCAGACGCUUCAAGGCUUCCAGGUUUUGUUGACUCGGACAGCAGGGACGGAAUGGAUUAAGGAUGCCACCAACGCGGUCCAUGCGUCAUCAGGCUCUACCGUGGAUAUCGUCGAAUCCGCCGAGGAGUUGGUGCAGAAAGUACCGGGCUUUACUGGUGCUGGUCUCGACUGCCUAAAGGCCAUUUUCAACCGUUCCGGGCCUGUUGUCACUCGUAGUGAUGAUAUAAUAGUUAAAUAUGAGUAG